GCGACGGCAGUGUCGUCUCGACCACGAUCACGAUCACGACCACGACGACGACGGCGACGACCACGAUCACGGCGACCACGACGACAGCAGCGGCGGCGGCAACGGCAGCACCCAACCGGCACCACACCGGCGACGGCACGCAACGCGCGCGCACACGUACACUCGAACACACGCGCGCAUAGACGCAGCAGGCAUCGGAGAGUCGAGAGAGUGAACAAAUUAUUAUUAUUAAUUUUUUUUUUUUUUUUUUUAUCUAAACGAGCUGCGUAAGCGUUUUCAUUUUUUACACUCACACACUCAUAUAUAUAUAUUCAUUUUUGUGCGUGUGCGUAUCUCUUCCACGGCACUACGACGAUAUAGAGUCGACGGCCGACACCACCGCGGUGGCAUAAUAAUUACACGCAUAGGCGUUCGCGCGCGUGCCACUCGUUUUCCAGUCGGCUCGAUCGGUCACAGUCAGUCAGUCAGUCAGUCAGUCCGCCGACCACUGCUCGCGUGCACGACCGCGGCCACGGUGCAGUAUCGCGACGUCGACCUGGAGCAACGGGCAAUAUCGGUCCGUGCGAAAAGUUCGCGAGCGGCGGCGUCAGCGGUGCAUCGUCGAAAGGUGUAGCGAUAUAGUAUAACGCAUAUAUAUAGAUCGCGUGCACCACUGCGGCCUGCAUUCUCGAUUGGUGCUAUGUGUACGGCGAUACGCAUGGGCUGCUUGGAUCGGGUCGGACGGUUAAGACGGCAGUGGCUGCAGCACGUGGUGUCUUCCGGAUCGAUAGUUACGGUGGUGAUAAAAAUGCGCCAGCACCAGCAACACCAUCCGAUGCACCAGUCGUUAUCGUGUUGCUGAUAAACAACACUUUCAGAUAACAACGGAAAAAGUAAUUAUUGCAUCCGAUUCCGUUUUUCGCCUAUUGCUGACGAAGAAACAAAACUCAGUGGUAGCCACCCACUAUCACUCUCAAUCAAUGAUUGAUCGUUAGUAGCAAAACGUACAGACAAACGAAACAGCAACAUUUUUGCGGCCGCUGCGAUAUUAUGCUAUAUACCUGCAGUCGGGUGCAGUGGCGACGGCGGCCUACUACGGUAGUGGCGGCUGUGUUGUUGGCGCUCGCGGUAUUAACGCCACGGAUAUCGACAGCACAGAAGCUAUUACAAACACCAACGAAAGGCGGAUUGACUCCUUCAGUAGCAUCAUCACCUUCCCAAAACAAUAUCAAUUAUUUCGCCGUAAACGAAGCUAAUUCGCCGUUGGCCAUUUUGGAUUUACUGGAAGCUACUAUGCAAAUAUACCAUAAUUAUCAACAUCAUUACAGCGGUAGUAAUAAAAGUGAUACUACUGGUUUUACACUGGGAGUCCUACUCGUGGCUGUAUCAGAAGAUGAAUUUUCUCAUCCCGAUGUUUUUCCUCCCAACCGGUUAAGACCAGCAUAUAGCAUGCAAGGUGCGUUGAGACAAUUAAAAGUUCCUGACAUUAUUUACAAACGUGCAAUUCAAUUAUUACGAGGUGCGGACGAGUUAACUAUAGCGGCAGUAGUACGGCAAGAACGUGCUAACACUGGAUCUAUAGUAUCAUUUUCCCUCGACUCCAACAGAUACUUGGAAUUAGAAUCAAGUGGACGUAAGGACGAGGUGAGGUUGCACUAUGUUUCACAGAGUAGCCGUCGUGUUCAUACCGAAGUGUUUGCGUACUCCCUGGCUGAUGGCCAUUGGCAUGCUGUGGCCGUAACACUGAGCGGUACCCAAGCACGCCUGUUCAUAGACUGCCGUCUAGUAUACACGCGAACUUUGGUCGCUGGACCGGCUGACACCAGUUUUAUAGGAUCGCCGGAUCUGUACGUAGGCCAACGCAACAGAGGAGUACAUUCAAUUUUCAAGGGGCUUUUACAAGACGUCCGGUUGAUCAGAGGGGCAGACGGGCAGCGUGUGCAAUGCCCUAAUCUGGACACGUCAUGUCCAACGUGCGGUCAAUUCAUCGCCAUGCAAAAAACGAUGGAAAACCUGAACAAAAUUGUGCAUCUGUUGAGUAUAAAGCUCGAGGCAGCCGAAAUGAGAAUCGCCGAAUUAGAAACUUGUGAAUGUCGCAAACCAUGUGUACAGUUUGAUGAACGAAGUAAUAACACAGUAAUGAAAGUUGAUGGAUCAGUGUGGCAACACGAAUGCCAAACGUGUACAUGUUUGCGCGGUCAAGUAGAAUGUUCACCGGUUAGAUGCCCCCUAGUCGAUUGCAAGUUUCCAAUACGAAAACCUGGUGAAUGUUGCGACACUUGUCAAAAACCAUGCCGAGCCAAAGGUGAUAUUGUAUUCGAACACGGUGACACAAUAAAUUUGGAACCAUGCUUAACCUGCAUUUGUCUCAAUGGAGUUGUUAAGUGUGACAAAGUAGAUGCACAAACUCAAUGUCCAGUCUUAGAAUGUGACAUAUCUGAACAAUUUUCCGUACCAGAUCAGUGUUGUAAAUUUUGUCCAGGCGUCGAUUAUUGUGCACGAGGUGGACGUGACUCGUGUCAUCCGAACGCUACUUGUAUCAAUCUAAAAACCACACACAAGUGUGCGUGCGCUGUUGGGUACGCUGGUACCGGUUUACAGUGUGAUGAUGUGGACGAAUGCUCGAGCGUCGGCGGACCAAAUGGACACCACUGCGACGUGAACACGACUAUUUGCGUGAACACCCCCGGAUCGUACUCGUGCAAGUGCAACGCCGGGUACGCGCGUCUCAACAGGUUCGAAUGUGUGGACGUCGACGAGUGCAGCAGCGCGGAACCGCCGUGUCACGUACACGCCGCUUGUGCCAACUCGCCGGGCAGCUACAGCUGCAAGUGCGCGGACGGCUACGAAGGGGAUGGGUAUACUUGCAGACCUGUGUGCCAGCAAAAGUGUUUGAACGGCGGUGUGUGCACGCGGCCAGACGUGUGCUCGUGCCCGAACGCGUUCGAGGGGCCUGCUUGCGAGCUGGACGUGGAUGAGUGUACCACAGGGGCGCACGGAUGUCUAGGCCCCUCGUCCAGGUGCGUCAAUAUGGCUGGAUGGUAUUACUGUGCGUGUAGCCCGGGGUACCAAAACGUGAUCAUGUAUCCGGCUUCGGCUGACAUCGCCACCACAGCUACUAGUGACUUGAAUGCAAUGGAAUCGGCCUGGUCGCCUUCGUUGGGCACAAUGUGUCAAGAUAUCGACGAAUGCGCGACUAAUAACCAUACGUGUCAUCCGACGGCUACAUGUGUGAACACCGUAGGAUCAUAUGAAUGCAAAUGCCCUACGACCCAUGCCAAUGCCGGUAACAUCUCUUCGAAAUGUAAAUCGAGUUGUUUGUAUAAGGACGGCAGUAACGCAGUGACGGAAGUGAAUGACGGCGCCUGGUUCUCAAAAGAUUGCACUAACUGCACGUGCACAAGUGGACGUUUACGUUGCUCACGAAUUGAAUGCGAUUGCACAAACAAUGACCAUGUACAAUCGAUUUGUUGCGCUCAUUGUAACGCACAAGCGUCAUGCGUUCAUCAGGAAUUGACGAACGUGAGGUUCCGCAGUGGCCAACAAUGGAUAUACCAGUGUCAGACAUGCGAGUGUUUAAUGGGCCAAGUGGAUUGCUGGCCAAUGCAGUGUCCACCGAUGCUGCCUGCGGGCGUGGGCAGUUGUAGCGACUCGACGGCAGCCACGUUUGCUGAAUAUAACAACCCGGUGGCCGAUUGUUGCGCACCGAGAUGCGAUACCAAAGCCGUCGCGUUGGGUUCAUCGGCAGCGACCACCACGACAGCGAUGACCGCUGCUGAUCCGUGUCUACAGCAGCAGCUACAGCUACAGCCACUUGAUGAUUACCGGCACCGCGGCGGUGAAGUAAACGACGAAGACGACGGCGACGAUAACGACGACGGCGACAGCAACCACAGCAAAAACACCGACGACGGCAACAGAAAUAACAGCAAUAACACUACGCCGUCGCCCUUGGGCCAACCGUGUUUUUACGGCGGACGCGCCUAUCAGUCGGGAGCCCGUUGGGACGAUCCGGUGGAUAUGUGCACGUCGUGCGAUUGCAAGGUGCCGCCGUACUGCGCCCAAUCGGUGAGCAAUAUCGCGUGUUGUGUGCAUCGGACGGAGUACUAUGUUGUUCUUACAACGUGCACCACUGCAAUAAUAGUGCUAUUGCCGGUGCAUCAAAUCAAUCAUCAACUACAGACGUCAACUAUAAUGUGUCUACUGAUCAGCCUCAUCACAUUUCUAACGAAAAUACCAGUAGUCAAUCUACCGAUACGAAAUUACAGCCAGAUGUUGUUAAACGGAGUCUUCGGCGUCGAAGACAAGCAAAAAUGGUUAACAAUGAUGACAGUAACAUUAGGGACACUGUCAAUGUUACUUCUUUUGAAUAUAGUAAUAAUAACAAUAAUAGCUUUAACAAAAAAGACUGGUGGUGGAGGAAAACAAGACGGCGAAAAAGAAGAAGGACUCAAAAUACGAGUAGCCGUCGGAACCAAAUUAAUAGUGUUAGUAGUGAAAAACAUUUUAACAGUAAUAAUAAGUUUAUCAAUAAUUUUGGCAUUAAUAGUAAAAAUGAAGACAAUAAUAUUAAUAAUAAUAACGAUAACCACCACGAUAGAAUUGUUGUAAAGACUGUUGUUGUUACUUAAAGUAGAUUUUAUUUAUUGUGUUUGAUGAGUGAUGACGAGUCGAGAGAAAAGAUAACUGCAAGCAACACCGGCGGCGACAAUAUAACAUUUAAUUUAAAUAAUACAAUUCAUGUAUUUAUUAAUGAUAAAAAAUCAAAUUUACUAAACAUAGGUAACAUAAUAUUAGGUAGGUAGAUAACAUAAUAUGUUGCCUACUUUCUUAAUUUUAAUUUAAAAAUCAGUUUUAUACUCGUUCAAAAUCGUUGCCACCGCCGUUUGCUAUUUCCGCUGUGAUAAUAUAUAAUACAAAUAAUUUUAAUGCUAUUAGUGUUAUAUGUAUACAAUAUACAAUAUACCUACAUAUAUUAUUAUAUAUUACGUGUGUAUGUAUGUAUAUAUAUUAUACAUUAUAGACAAACAGCCUAUAUCUCCCCUCCUCUCCGCUAUCUAUUUGUUAUAUUUUGUAAUUUUAAAAAUGUACUAUUAUAAUAUUAUUAGAUAAGUUUUAUUAUUAUUAUUAUUAUUUAUUUAUUUAUUUAUUUUAUUAUUAUUAUUAUUAUUUUUUUGAUUGAAUUACUAAUAAAUUAGAUAAUCAGCUGUGCAGGGUGUAUUCAACAAACGAUAAUAAUAUAUUAUAAUAAUUAUUAUAAAUCUAUAUAAUCUUGCAAAUUGUUGAAGUGUUGGCUUUGUUGGUAUUAAAAAAUAUACUACUAUUAUUAGAAAUUUAUUAUGUUAUUAAUAAUGUUCAUUUUGAACUAAAAUACAAGACUGCUGGUCAACAAAUGUAAAAUAUAGACGCGUUUAAAAUAUAGAUAAAUAUAAUAUAUACAAUAAUAAUAAGUAUGUGUAUUAUAAUUAAUAUUUAAAUUAUUUAAAAUAAUUAAUAUACCAACACCGCCGCACUAACGAAUGCUCUUUUCCUAUAAAUUUAAUUGGCAGCAGACAAUAAAAAUAUUAAACGAUGAUAAUAAUAAUUAUAUAUAUAUAGAUAUAUUGUAUAUAUAUAUUAUGUGUAGGUAUAUAUAAAUAUAUAUAUAUAUAUUAUAAAGUUAAUAAUCAUGUCUAUGUAUAUAUAUAUUACUAUUAAUAUUAUAGAAUAAUUUUUAAUUGUUAAAUUAGUUAUACUUACUAUUGUUUUGUUGUAACUCGUAAAUUACGACACGGAUUUGCUCUCUUUCUUUCUGUCUCGUUAAACGGUGUUGUAAUUAAUUAAAACAUUUUAUAAAUCAAAUAUAACGAUACUGAUUUUUGAAGUAAGACAAAUUAAUCAGUGCUUGGAAAGAACACUUUUCCGCUCCGGAACGCUGUUUUGGCGUAUCGUAAAAACUCUAAGAGUUCAAAAUCCUUAUAAAUUAUAAUUAUUAUUUUUAAAUAUUUUGUUUCUUAUAAAUGUGUGUUAUACUAUUAAUUUGUUUUCUUUAAUCCGAAAAUGAAAUUAUUUUAUCAUAAUGAAUAUCAAAAUUAAGAAUAAGUAAUAUCGUUGUAGAAUAAUGAAUUCAAUUUUUCUAUUUUUAUUUGAAAAAAUAUUUCUCUAUAUUUCUUUUGACAUACCUAUCUAAUAUUUAAUAAAACCUAAUGAAUAAUAAUUAUUGAAAUGAAUAAGUUAGGUGUUUGGUUUAACAUUUAAGCUACUCUUCUCUUUUAUAAAUUUAUUUUUAUUUUUAGUUAUAUAUUUAAACUUUAAAGCGUUUCGGCGCAGAACUAUAUAAUGUUCUUUCGAGCACUGAAAAUAAAAAGCCUAUAUUGUUCCUAAAAAAACCGAGUCGUAUUAAUUAUUUAUUUGUUUAAAAUAGAAGUUUAAAAAUAUUAUGUUGAAUAUGUAUGGAUGUAAAACACGACUGCAUACUGCAAUAUACAAUAUUAUGUAAUGUAAUACACAUACGACACAUAUUUUUCAGUGUAAACAAAAGAAAUAAUCACUGUGAUGAUGCGUAACAUACAGUCACAAACACACACGUAUACACUUACACACUCACAUACAUAUACGAUAUACACCUACAGUAUAACAAUUGUAUAAUAAUGAUUGAUAAUGACAAUGUUGAUAAUGAUAAAUAUAGAGAUAAAAAUUUUAAAA